AGGCACAGAGGCUCACCUGCCUCCUGAGGAGCUCUAGCCUGUGGGAGAGACGAACACACAGGUGUGGAGAUGCUAGAACAACACGUGGAGCAUCGGCGGGGGUGUGGGGAGCAGCCCCAGGAGGACCAAGGAGCAAGGGCACCCCAGGGAUGGCCAGCCAAAGCUGGGGGGUCAGGCUGAUGGGACACCACUGAAGGGCCAGCUAGGAGGCUGUCAGGUAACCCGGAGAGGGGUGACAGUGGACGGAGUGGGGCUGGCGUCCUCACACAGUCAUGGCGACGCCAGCCACCGCUCUCAGGACUUUACGUCCGCCCUCAUUCUUUCCCACAAGUCCCACAGGGUCCUACUAUUAGUGUCUCCAUGUCAUGGGUGGUGACUCAUGUCAGGGGAGGUUAGCAGGUUGCAGAAGGGGAGCCAGGACUGGAUCCCAGGUUUGUUCCUCUUCAAACCCGUACCUUCAGCUACAGCUGUUACAUCAUACUGGCUCUUCCAGAAUCUAGGAGAAGGGAUGGGUUGAAACAGUCUGUAAGAGGUGAAUCCCAAAGGAUGACUGGUUGGAUGGAGGGUCAGGGUUGCUCUAGCUUGGGGCGCCUGGGUGACGCCGUGAAGCUGAACAGUGAAUCCUGGAAGACGGGGAUGCUUGGCAAUGAUGCAUUUGAGGGGAACGCAGGGGAUGCCCGCGGGCAACUGGGCAGGUGGGGAGAGAUGGGGUGGAGGUGCAGGCUGGGGAGCUGGGGAAACUGACACGCAGUGAGUCCGCUCAGGGAGAAGGUGCAGAGGGAGACGAGAAGGACGGGGAACAGAGAGGGCGCAGUUCCCAGGAGAGAGUGCCCAGCAGUUCUCAGGCAGCACGGGCCGGGGGAGGGGCUGGAGGCCCUCCUCUGGGAGGAGGUGGGCUAUGGAGUGGACGGCAGAGGGCAGUGGGAGGAGCAGGUGUGGACUCUCCCUGACAGGUGCAGAGGAGUGGGCGCAGCCCGCCAGAUGCUGCGGCUGCUCACGGGGAAGGGUGGUCUUUGAAAAUGGAGGUGGCAGUGCCGGACUUGAGGCAGGGUUACUGCUCAGCAGUCAGUUACGUGUGCCUGCUGUAUUUCGGAAGUUCCUGGCGGUCAUAGCAUGUGGUGGUGAGUCUCAGAGGGAGGCGUGUACAAGUGGUGAUGUCACCGCAGAAGGCUGACACCUGAGCCGGGUGUGGCUGGCCGGACCCCACAGCUGUGUGCCAGGUAGACCUGAAGGCACGGCAGGCCCAGAGACAGCGAGACUGGGGCCACCCUCAGUCACGCCUGCUCUGGGACCCCGGCUCCGCCACGGAGGAGUGUCUGCACUGAGAAGGUUCCUGGCCAGGGCCUCACUUCCCCACAGACUCUCACUCCAGUGUCCUCUGAUCCUCACCACCUGCCCCGUUUCUUCCGCCUCAUGCUCAGUACGUGUUUGUGCAAAAUGCCUAUUGUAAAUAAUAAUGCUUUUUAAAACCAAAACGACAGCCCUGAGCCCAGAGCCUCACGCAGGGUGUGUUCCACAGCUGGCCUGGCCACACCGCUGGUCCCUGCAGCACGGCCGUGACGGGGACCCUCACAAACGCGGUCCUUCUGUGAGCUCUGCCUCUGUCAGCCCCGUGAACUCCGCCUGCUCAUUAGUACAGCAGGGACGGUGGCACCACCUUGGGAGGAUCACCAGGAGGUUAGAGUCACAUGUGGGAACGGCCAGUGAGGCCUCUGGCUGCCCCCUGCUGUCUCCCCUUCACUCGCUCCCCGCGCAGGUGGGCUCCCCACUCCCACCCAGGGUCGUGCAGUGGCUCAGUAGCCGGCUGAUGGAGUCCGUGCCUCCUGCCGCAGGCCACCCUGCGGGAGCCACCCUGUUCUCAAACUAGCAUCUCACUUGAGUGCACUCGACGGCUUUGUGGUAGCGCAGGGUUACAGGCCUAACAAGGAAAAAAAGACUUCCCUAGGUGCAGAAGGGGAAGAGCCUCUCCUCCCCGGGCUGGGAGCAGCUACUCUCCAACACUUGUCAGUUCCUUGUCUUUUUGAGACGGACGUAAACGUUUGUAAAGGCUGCGCAAGCCUUUUGCCAGUCGCAAACCCAGGACUGCUUUCUCUCCAAGACUUGGGAGCCAUCCCUUUGAAACAUCAGCCUCCAUCUCCCCUGUGGAUGAAGACAGUAGCGAACCCCGUGGCCGCGCCCACUGCCAGGUGGACUGAGGGUGCGCGCCGACCAGGUGCUGUCGCGGCCCCUCGCGGAGAGCGGGGACGCGGGGGUCGCACGCCUGGUCCACGAGGGGUGGGCUUCCCGGGGCCUUCAGUCCUGUGCGGGGCGCGCGCCCUGGUCUAAAGCAGGCCUACCCACCACCGACACCGGUUCCCUCCUCUUCCACUCCUGGCGACCUUUCCUUUGUCCUUCCCCCAGGGGACCCGCCGGGCUGCAGGGGGGCUGGGGGCGUUCAGACAGCCUGAGCCGCGGGAACGCGGACGAGCCCCGCCCCCGCCCGCCGCACACGUGACCGCCCGCCCCGCCCCUCGCGUCCGCACGCCCCGCCCCGCGUGGAGCGGAGCAUCCCUGCUGCAGCAUCCCGGGGCCGAGCAUCCCCAGCCCGCGCUCGGCGGCGGCGGCGGCGGCGGCGAUGAUGAGGGUCUGGAGCUCAGAGCACGUGUUCAGCCACCCGUGGGACACGGUCAUCAAGGCUGCCAUGAGGAAGUACCCGAAUCCGAUGAACCCCUGUGUGGUGGGCGUGGACGUGCUGGAGCGCAGUGUGGACGCCCAGGGCCGGCUUCACAGCCUCCGCCUCCUCAGCACCGAGUGGGGGCUGCCCGGCCUCGUGAGAGCGGUUUUGGGGACCGGCAGGACCAUGACGUACGUCCAGGAGCGCUCUGUCGUGGACCCAGCAGAGAAGAGGAUGGAGCUGUGUUCCACCAAUGUAAGCGCCGGCCCCGGAGACGCGCGUGGGCUCUGAGCGCGCCUCCGGCCCCGCUGUCUCAGGGGCCUUUCAUGUUUCACGGGGAGGCGGGCCUUCCUUGCGUUUUCAGUCCCACGUAGUAAAUGUGUAGAAGACGCACACGAGGACGUGAACGCGGCUCCCAGCAGCCGCUGGAAAAAGGCCCCGCCCUUCCCUCCUCUCUCGUCUCCCAGUUAAAAGGUGUAUGUUGGCCGAAUGCAAAUUCAGAGACCGCGUGCUGGGAGCACGUGCGCUCCUGGUCUCCACCUGCACCGAGUCCGGAAGCCCCGCAGGCGCUUCCGCUUCUCCAUUCCCGGCACGUGAGGCGCGC